AUGAGCUUCUCUUCCACUUCCACCACCAGCUCCCGCCUCGCUCCCAUCCCCAGCGUUGGUGACGCCGAGCUCUCCCGCUCCUCUUCUCUUCAGCUCAUCAACGGAAAGGAGUGGCGCAAGCGCUUUGGUGUCUGCGAUUACUUUCCUUGCAUUGUGAAGAGAACGGCUUUGCAACAUGUCCAACGCCAUGAGGAUCCCCGCUCUCCCACCAUCAUACUCGACCGUCAGGCUCGUGAGGACCCUCGAGCCUGUAUCACCGACCCUUCCCCCACUUCCGAUCCAGGAGAGCCUCGAGCUCUCCUUCGAAGCGACGUUCGAAGCAUUCGACUGUCUGACCGGUACGUCCUCGCAGCCCAUCACACACUGACCGCAGUGCAAGAGGAAGGACCACCGACACCGCCGCCGGAGCCAGAUUGCCCACCGGUCGUUGACCGAGCUCGCCCACCGGCCCCUGUUCCGGCGAACUUACGCCCACACUCCGAUUCCCAGCGUGGCCCGCCCACAAGGCUAGCACCGCAACGCACCCGCUCCCGCUCAGCGACACUGCCCUCUCGCCACAUCGAGGAGAUGCACGAGCUAGCCGGCGAGCUGGACGAGCUCCCGACCUACGCCGAGUGUGCGCGGGACAGGCCGCCCCCGAUCGGACCGCCAGUGCACGUCGUGCACCUCCAGGCCCCCCACGGCGUACACGUUGCGAACGGCGUGCAAGUGCGUAGCGGGCGGAGCCAAUCCCUCGGCGCGGCCGUUGCGGGCUGGGCCGGCCCCGACCGCUCACCGCGCGACGGGUGGGUGCGCGACUCGGACGGGCAGUGGAGACAAGGACGCAGGCGCGCCGUUCCCGUUCCGGCGAGCAAUCCCGCCCAUCCGUCCAACUAUCCUCUCAGCCCGCGGUCGCAGGCCCGGACACAGACGAGCCGCUCGCUCCCGUCUCGCUUGGGUCUUGAGCCUCGGCCGCACCCACCGCAUUCGGGCCAGCACACCCAGAACCAGAGCCAGAGGGAGCAGGGACAGCGCCCGGGACACGGACAGAUCCUCCUCCGCCCCCGCUCGAGGCAGAAUAAUGAGCCAGCCGGCAAUGGCAAGGUGUGGCGGAAGAAGUUGGGUGUGUGGUACGUCGCCCGCAAGGAGGGAUUCUUUGUCGAGACUGUCGGGCCGCAGGGCGAGAGAUGGAGGCGGACGCUGGGAGUCUGGCACGUCGUCAGUGAGACGUGA